CGUAGUUCUUUGGCGGCGAGCUUCACUUAACAACUUUGUUAGUAAAUAAACAAGGUGCAAACAGUAAACGUAAUGGUUGCAAACUGAGCGAGCUGCGAAAGAUUUAGAAUGUUGUGAAGUGUUGGAAAAUAAGUAGCCAACGGUGAUGGCAGAGUUAUGUUUAUAUUUUUUAAGGGCAACAUCAAAUUAAAGUGUGUCAAGUGCUUCCCUUUUGAAUUAUUAUGACUGUCUCGAGCAAGGAAGGCGAAACAAGCCGCGGAGGACCCUCCCAAAACAACAAAAUUAGUGACAAGAAGGACAAUGACGCUAUUUACAGGGUGUACUCGGCUUUGUCAUUUUUCUUCAUGUUAAUUGUUGUUGGAUUUCCGUUGUGGUGGAAGACAACUGAAGUACACAGAGAAUCCCUACCGUACACAGAAAUUUCGUCGCUUAACGAUUUGAAGCUUUCGUUCCAUGUUAAUGCGAUUGUUAGCACUCUUGAUAAAAGCAGAGGAGAAGAUUUCAUCAGGGAGUUGAAUAAACUGUUUAGAACGUCAGAGAUCUACAACAUCAACUUUACUUGGGUGGCUGCAGAUAAAGCUCUUUUGGGUAGUAUGAAAAGUAUCACAGAUCUCGAAUUGUCAUCAAUGAGUCGCUUACGUCCUGGGGAAAUAAAGUUACUUGAGAUACCUGGGCUGUCAAGAUUCAGCCCAGACCAAAUUUUGGUUGGUCAGAGACGGAGCAUCUAUUUCAGCACUGAUGCAAGUCCACUACGCAUGCAUGAUGUUCUUCACAAGUGGCUGUUGCAGGAGGAGACACUUGUUCAAACUAUGAAGUCCUUGAGUUCACAGACUGGAGAGAGAGACUAUACCAGCCGUUACAGGUUGCCGCCUGCUGAGGGCUACAACCUGCUUGUCACAGCAGUUAAUCCUGAUCCUGAAUCUUUAAAUACCAGCCAUUGGGAUUUACCUCAGGCAAUAAGUGAUUACAUUACACCCUUUCUGGACAAGCUUUCGACAGUUGCUAACUUUUCUCUGCGGUCGCAGUGGAUUUACUUAACUCCUCUGGAGAUAAGACCACGCCGUGCUCCUGAAGGUGGAUUUGUGUUGGACGCAGAGUCCUUACCUCAGCUCAUCACACCACUGGAAAAGAAAUUAGCAUCUCAUGUAUCAAAUAAUCCGUGCAUACAACUACUUGUAUACGUACCACUGUGCAGCGAGUCCCCCCUUCGCUUGCUGGCAAGUGAUCAGUCAGUUUCCAAAUACUCUGGCUUGCCUGGAUACACAAUGGGAUUCCAUUCACCUCGCUGGGGUGGUCUUGUUCUACAGAAUCCUACUGCAGAUGCAUGUACGGGCCCACAACCAGUACUUGUAAAUCCUGAUUGGCCUAGUCUGGCUGCGAUUUGGUUGCAGCAAUUGCGAAGUCUUAUUGGCAUUCCUGAACACGCUCCUAUUGCACGUGCAUCUAUAAUGCCGGAGCCACAAGCAGCAGUUCGAUUAUGGGAGGUUGAUGCUUUGAUGAGGAUCCGUGCUCUUGAACAACUGCUGUCUGCUCGCCUUACGCUACAGUCGUUGUCAGCACUCUUGGAAGAAAUCAGCAACAUAGUGAUUGGGAAGGAUGUGGCUGAGGCUGUUGAAGCAGCUGUAGAGGGACUGCAUACUAGUGUAGAACAUCUUGCAAGAGGAAAUCUUGCUCGUGGACUGUCUAGUGCAAGAAAUGCCUUCCUCCAAGCAGAGGCUGCAUUCACUGAUCCUUCUCUGCUUUCUCUUCUGUAUUUUCCUGAUGAUCAAAAGUAUGCUGUGUACAUUCCACUUUUCUUACCUGUGAUGAUUCCAGUUGUUAUGUCACUGAGAAAGAUGAAGACUUGGAUUUCAGUCUUGCGGACCGAGAAACUGAAAGUGGAAUAAAGACACUUUCAAACUUGUGGAUGAACAAAUAGGAAAAAAUAAUUUGAGAGCUAAUGUGACAUUAGCUCAACUUUUAAUGCCAAAGAAUCACAAGGGCAAUUCUAAUAAAUGUUAAUGCUUAUAUCUUAUCUUCCAAGAAUUGUGCUUUGAGAUGUAAUUCAAAAGUUGUUUGAAAAGAAAAUUGUGAACAAAGUGAACAACAAUACAAAGCUUAGUAUGUAAA